AUGGUAAUCAAUGUCUCACCAUUUCAGCCUAGCCCCGAUGGCGAAGACGGUUUCCUCCGUGAAGGAGAUCCGCAACGAACCCGAACACGACUCUCUUCUGCUCCAGCUCAACAGGCACAAUGUUCUGACAGUUUCGAUUCGAACUCAUGCUCAGCUGAUGACAAGUCUUGGGUUGGUGGAUUCCUGGCCAGCGCUGACGGAAGUCUCCGUCUCCAGUGCUGCACUUAUGAGGGCAUGCGCUUUGCGGAAGAAGUUGGUCGACCAAUUGUACACAGUGGCGAGGUUUACAGCGGUGGCGAGGUGCUGCGAGAUGGUCGACAGACCGGGUUCGACCUUAUCUCCAAUGUGAAGAAAAUCGACGCUGAGGACGGCACGUAA